GUGUACUAUAUGUGUGCACCUUAUAUACUACUGCUGCACUACACAGACACCUACACGCAUAAGACCCAGGCAUACACAAACGCACAAAGCCCAAGAUAUGCUUCCUUCCUUAAAAAAAGCUAAACUUUCUAAUCUCUCUUACCCUCUUUCUCUUACCUUUCUCUCUUCCUCUCGCAAAUUAGUUUGCUUUUCUUUUUCUUUUUAUCCACUCCUCUUCUACACAAUGAUGCAGAGACAGUUUUCAACAUUUAAACUGCUCGAGCCCACAUCAGCUGCCGCUGCUGUUUCAUCUUCCUCUUCGAGCACUGAUAAGGUCAUACUCGACUAUCUACUGUAUAUAUCGAUUCAAUCGCGACUCAAGCAAGCCGGUCACGAACUGAUUCCGUCCUCACCUUCCGAUAAGGUCUACGAUCAUCUGGAUACUGCCUGCAAGGCCGCAGAACGAAAUGAAAAGGCUGCCGCAGAUUCAACUGUUGCUGCAGGCAUAUUAUCGAGCUAUCACAACGAUUAUCAUCCCGAAUCAACGCCAUUCCAACAACGUUUGUACCUGUACCUCCUAUCGAAUCACACUUUAGCACGCUACAACGCGCUGUCCAACGAUCAUGUGAUUGUUCGACGACGCAAAUUGGAUAAAGAACACACCAUCUUUGCUACGCCUAUCACACCGUUAUCCUGCCGCCGCCAUCGACAUCCGGCAUGCGAGUCAUGUCCUGCCCGGACCUCCAAAAAGAAAUCCGGUCUGAUGGAUGCGAUCCCGACGUUCUUGAAAACAAGUGCAGAUCUACUUCGACGUGCGCUAGAUAAUGGCAGCAGCGACAACAAUACGUCUGAACAUCAGCAGCAAACCAAGCCGAUGGUGUUUGCUGGGCAACAAGUCAUGGGUGGCGGCAUGCCACCGACUUGGUACGAUUUGUUUUUGAAUCUAUUGACCCAAGCAGCUAUCGAAUGCUACAUGUGCGACGGACAAACGGGGCCGGAACCGAUCAGUGAAAUCUUUUCUUACGGCUAUGUAGAAGACGAAGACGAGCCAGACGAAGCCGACGAUGAUGACGACACAGACAAUAGCGACGAUGACGACGACGAAGAAGACGAUGAUGAUGAUGAUGAUGAUGACGAAGAGGAAGAAACAUGGAAUGUCAAAGCUGCCGAUUAUCACUUACUAUUUCCAAAGACGCGAACAAUGUACUUGUUCAAAACACAAGUACGCGAACGUGAGAAAGAAUUUCUGGUCGUUCACAAAGGUGAUGAUGGUCUACAGCAACAUUUUGAAAAGCUGGCAAGGCGCUAUCCUCUUUUGGAGUUUGAAAAGAGCAUGCACGAAUUUAUUCACAUGGUUUUUGAAUCGUUGGAAGUACCUGCAUUGAACAAAUAUGGCGAAGCCGAUGUCGCAUCAAUCGUAUACAGAUAUCCAAGCGAUGGAUCAUUGCUGAUGCCUGAGGUGCCCGAUGACGAGUCGAGCAUUUGCAGUGGAUUUGACCAGCCGUCGUCAUCGGCGUCGUCGUCGUUUUCUUUAUCUCCUCCUUCUUCGGCGUCGACAUCAUCUUCUUCGCUGGCAGAAGAAGAAGCAGCGGCAGUCACCGCUGUUGCAUGUGCUGCUUCCAUACCCACUGGCACGAAACGGACACGUCCAGAGGAACACGUUAAGCAACACGUCCCUCGGAAGAAAAUUGCGCAAUAAAAAGACGAGAAGGUGCGCCAGUCAAAAGAAGAUGUUCAAACUUAAUAUAUACCCUCAAAAUACCCUUUCUUCAACACCACUCCAUUGGCUACCAUGUACCUCCCCGUUAUCGUCAUCAUAUCGUUACAUCAUCCAUCAUAAAUUUGUGUACAACCCCUCUCACAUGCUUUCAUUUUUUCCAUGUUUCUUUGCAGUUCUAUUUGUCUCUCAUAUCGAUGUUCCCCUAUAAACAACUACAAGUAAACUAAUCAAUG